AUGAGUCGAUUAUAUGACAAUUAUGAACCAACAGUGAUUGAUAAACAGUUACUAAAUGAUGCUGUAUUUUCAUUAUUGCAAAAAGGAACUGUCAGCGAACUUGCUAAACAAGAUGUAAUCCAUUUUGAAAAUGUUACACACCUGAGAUUGGAUUAUAAAAACAUUUUAAAAAUCGAUAACUUGUGGGCAUUUAAGUUACUCGUUAAGUUGCAGCUUGAUAAUAACAUCAUAGAACGAAUUGAGGGAAUCGGUCAUUUAAUUCACUUACGUUGGCUUGAUUUAUCAUUUAAUAAUAUUGAAAAAAUUGACGGCUUACAAAAUUUGGUAAAUUUAGAAGAUUUAACAUUGUACAAUAACCGAAUUACCACAUUAGAAAAUAUGGAAAAUUUGAAAAAAUUACAAGUGUUUUCAGUUGGUAACAACUAUAUUACUGAAUUGUCUAAUAUAAAAUAUUUACGUCAAUUUCGCCAUUUACAAUCAGUAUGUUUACAUGGUAAUCCAAUUAGUAAAAACGAUGACUACAAGUUGUAUAUUCAUGCUAUGCUACCCAAUCUAUUUUAUUUAGAUUAUCAAAGAACCGACGAUAAACUUAAAUCUACAGGUUAUGAAAAAUAUCAACUAGAAAUUGAUGAGAUUAUAAGUGAAGAAGAGACUCAAUUGAAAUUAAAUAAAGAAGUUGCUGAAAAUCAAGCUAAAAUAGAACUAUAUAAACAAGCAUUUAUUGAUGGUAUAGUUGAUGAAAAUAUUUUUCAAAAAUUAUUUACUGAUGAUCCUGAUGGCAGAGAAUUAUUGGUAGUUCCUGAAUUGUACAACAAAAAAUUUACACAUCAAUGUAAAUUAGUAUUUGAACUUGGUAUAAAAGAACAUGAUAAACGUAAUAAAGAAAUAGAAUCAUUUCGAAAUUGUAUUGAACAAGCGAAAAUGUUAAAUGCUGAAUUAAGUAAAAAGAAAAUAAAUGAAUUUAAAUUAUAUCAGGAUAAAAUAUUUAAAGAACUUCUAGAGAAUACUGAUUUGAUUAAAGUCGAAGAUGAUAUUUUAGAUUAUAAUGAGAAUGUACAACAAUUAUGGAACGAAUUAAUGAGAAAUGAAUCAAUUUUAGUUGAACAAAUUGAUGAAUUAAUUAAUGAAUUUGAAUUAAACUUAAAUGAUAUGAUCAACACAUUUAUUGAAAAUGUUGAAGAACAUUUUACUGAAUGUCGCGAAUUACAAACUCAGUAUCAUGAAAGGUUGAUAGAUCUAUGCCCAGGUAUUUUAGAACGAUUUAUGCGUAGUGACUUUCAAAGUGAACCAUCAGAUGCUCUUUUAGCCAUUUUUAUUGAUAAAGAAAGUGUAACGAAUGCAUUAACAGCUAGUAACGAUGCUCAUUUACUUAAAAUUGAUGAAUUCGCUGAUGAAAUUAAUGAAAAAGCGAAAAAAUGGAUUAAAGAAACAAUUACUUCCAUAUAUUCCGGUGAAAAAUAUGAUCGAAACAGAGCGAGAGUAAUGGAAAUAAAUCAUUUUAUAGAUGCAUUAAGAAAUGACGUUGAAAAUUUAGAUAUACCUGCAUUGGGUGAAUCUUGA